AUGGGAGAUACUGCUACUACUACGACUCAGAAGAAACGCGACCGAGAUGACUCAGAUGAGUUUGAGUUGGCCUCACCAGAGGUGAAGCGACUCAGAGACGAUUUACUGAGUUUCCUAGACGACUCAGAUCAUUCAACCGCCACACCAGAUCUCGAUUUGUUUAUGAGGAGCUUUCAGCAAGAGAUUUCCGCAUCUCCGGUGGUGGUGGUGGAUCUGACUGAAGAACCUGACGAAUCUCGGCUGGAUCUUGGAUAUCUUCUUGAAGCGUCCGAUGACGAACUCGGUUUGCCUCCGCCGCCGCCGCCGCCGCCGACGACGACGACGACGAAUGAUAUAGUAGCCUUGGGAAGCGAGAUGUGGAGAUUUGACGAGCAGAUUUCAAGCUAUGAUGAGUUCGGAAUAGUCGGCGACGGCGAGGGAAGUAGUUACAGUACCGCCGGCGAGUACGUGGCGCUGGAGGGACUGUUUGAUUAUUCUGACGCAGACUUUUGUACGGUUGUUGAUGAGCCGGAAUUUUUAUGGAGGCAAGAGACCUUACCGUCUCUGUAG